UUGUUAUGUAUUUUGCCAUUCAGGAUAAGCCCUUGGUUAAGAUCAUAAAAGAAUUAUGCGAUGGUUGGAACAUUGCUGACCCCGAUCAGUAUGCGCUACAACAAACAGAGGGAGAGCUGGUAUACAUCACGGAGAAGAACAGACAUGACAUCAAUGGUAAAAUAUUAACGCUGACAAUAUCACCGGGAAAAGCUGCACAGGAAGUCUUUGAGAAAAUUUCCGUUGGAAAAAUGGAGGAAAAGAAAGAUGCGUUAAAGCGAUUGGCGAAACACUCAUCUGAUGUAACUUUUGCUGGUGAAUUCAUUUCGAGAAAAGGUGUUGAAAUGCUUGUGGAAAGAGUAGAAAAAGGAACUGAAACUGGAGAAGUGUUGGCGUUUUCCUUGAAAGCAUUCUUGGAAUUAAUGGAUCAUGGUAUUGUAUCAUGGGAUAUAUUAUCGUCUACAUUUGUUAAGCGG